AAACCGUUCUAUUCCUCUCUUUAGACGAGUCCACUAUUUGACCCUUUUUGGGUGUUUGGUGGGUUAGGUUGAAACUUGAAAGCUCUUAUAGAGAAGAAGCAACCCAGUUGGGCUUUUAAAGUUUUUUUGCUUUGUUUUAUUAUUCUGUUGUAAUCGGAGAAGGAUAGGAUGGAGAUGAUGUAUUAUCAGCUAGCAAAGAGUUCCUACCAGGACUCCUUGAAGGUCUUGGAGGCCGAUAUACAGCAUGCUAAUUCCCUGGCUGCUGCCAUUCCGAAGGGGAAGGGUGGUGCGCGUCUUGAGAUGAAAUUGGUUUAUAAUCACUUAGCUGCGCUAUAUUUGUUUUUAUUACAAUGGAUGGAUUGUUCCUGCAUUUGUCUACUCCCCAGAUACCUAAACCUCUUCCACAUACUUGUGUACAAGGUUUAUAGUGAUGAUCGGCCAAAAUUAUCAACUUGUGGAAGGAAAGCAACAAUGAAGGAAUUUUAUGGUAUUAUAUUACCCUCUCUUCAACGUCUCCAUGGCAACUUGGGGGAGUCGGAUGAUUUGGAGGAAGGUCAUCCUGGCACCAAUAGCUUCAAUAAAAAGAUAGUAGAAAGAAAUAACAGGAUUGUAGAUAUUGAUUGGGAGAGAGAAGAUGAAUGUGGGAUUUGUUUGGAACCUUGCUCCAAAAUUGUCUUACCUAAUUGCUGUCAUGCAAUGUGCAUCAAAUGCUAUCGCAAUUGGAACAUAAAGUCGGAGUCAUGCCCUUUCUGUCGUGGCAGCUUAAAGAGAGUUAAUUCAGAAGAUUUAUGGGUUCUCACUUGCAAUGGCGAUGUAGUUGAUACGAAAACAGUCUCCAAGGAGGAUUUGUUGCGUUUCUACCUCUAUAUCAACAGCCUGCCAAAAGAUUACCCAGAUGCCCUUUUCUUUGUGGAUUAUGAAUACUUGAUAUGAUUUACUGAAUCAAAAGUGAAGUGUACAGUUAGAACUUAGAACAUUCCAGCCUUCAAAUGUAAAUAAGGACUAGUAUGCAGAAUUCUCUUUGAUAUUGAAUUGAUGGUUGUACGAAGUGCAAGAAAUUCGCAGAAUUGAUAAUGAAAAGUGUUCAUCUCUGGAAUUGGCUCCAAUGUUUGAUUCA